GCUCGGUUCGGCCCCUUCGAGCGCCGCCGCGAUUCCCGCCUUGAAAGCGAACGGAAAGAAAGAAAGAAAGAAAGAAGAAAGAAAAUAGAUCCAGGGGAUAUAGACUAGACAAUAGUCUAAAACCCCUAUAAAAGAAGAAGAAGAAGAAAGCGAACAGGGAAGUAGAGGAGUUUUCUGCGCGAGAUUAGAGGUAGCCGCUGAGGAAACAGAAACAGGCCAAAAUGGUGAGGACUCGAGCUGACGCUGGACCAACCAAGGUGUCUGCGGCCAAAGCACCAAGAAAGGUGUUGAGUGCCCCCAGUGGAGGUGCAGGAAGCUCCUUCUCAUCACCUGGAAGAGUGAGCGGCAAAGAGAAAUACUCUGGAGGUAACAGUUACAACCCACAGCCCACACCAGAAUGGCAGAAGGGAAUUGGAAGCUUCUUCAAAUGUGUUCCCAAACCCAGGAAGGAGAAGGCAGCAGUAGCAGUUCCUCAGAAAGAAAGGAAACCAAGCCAGAAGCUGAGGCAGGGGAAGGUUCAUCAAAUUUCAGUAAGAAUGGAAUGGAAAUACUCUGGAGGUAACAGUUACAACCCACAGCCCACACCAGAAUGGCAGAAGGGAAUUGGAAGCUUCUUCAAAUGUGUUCCCAAACCCCAGGAAGGAGAAGGCAGCAGUAGCAGUUCCUCAGAAAGAAAGGAAACCAAGCCAGAAGCUGAGGCAGGGGAAGGUUCAUCAAAUUUCAGUAAGAAUGGAAUGAUAUCAGAUGAUGAUGAGUAAGUUCAAAAAGAAAUCUCUAUAUUUUCAAAUAGCUUCUCUGUUGUGUAUAAUAAAAACUUGAACAUUGGUCUUGAACAGACAUUGAGACACAAAUGUUUUUUUUGUUUUUAAGGAAGACACAUUAAUGAGACUGAUAAUUGUUCUUAGAAAAGACUAUAUAUUAGUAACAUGAGCACAAUCUCAGUUGCUCAUAAAAAAUAUAGAAUCAGUGUCAUUUUGUAAAACAAGUUACUUUUAUAAGAGUCAUGUAUUUUGUUUUUUAGAUUGAAUUUCUAUAAAUAAAAGUUUAUACUUUA